AUGGCAAGCCACUCUUGGAUCUCGAUCCUCAGCCUGCUGCUGGCGCUCCUUGGCGCCGCCGGCGCCGACGUCACCAGCCCCGGCGCCCGCGGCUUCAUCGGCUUCGGCAUCACGCUCUACGACCCCUACUGCGCCUUUGCUUGCACCAACUCGCUCUACGUGCCGCUCAACUGCACCACCGAGGACCUGGCCAUUGUGCCGCACUACGGCAAGCGCGACGAGGCGGCUGCCGCCAAGCCCGUGUACCCGAGCGGCGACGGCUGGGCCGUGGUGGCCCAGUCGACGCCGACCUGCCUAUCGCGAAACCAGUUUUACCUGCAGACGCUGGCGUACUGCCUCAAGUCGCACUGCAACGAGCUCGCCGUCAGCAAGGUGGACAAGUUCUGGGAGGAGCAGCUGGUCAAGCUGCCGGACGGCAGCGGGCCAAAGUCCUACACGGAGGUGUUGGCGGCCAUGACCGAGACGCCGACGCGGGUGCUGAAUGCGACCGACGUGCUCAACUUCACGGCCGUGAUACCCGAGGACCAGUACAGACUGCAUGAGCUGGACCUCCGAAACGGAGCGAGCGACGAGAUCAAGCACUCUCUGUACAGCCUCAUCAUUCUGGUCACCGGUGCAGGUCUCCCAAUCGCGGCUUCGCUGCUGCGCUUCCUCCCUUGGCCGGCGUCGUGGGUCACCAAGGUGCAUGCCUACAUCAUCGACCCGCCCCUGGUCGGCUCCAAGCACUCGACGCCCGUCUGGAGCCUCGGCAUCAUGCCCACGCGCGGUCAGGCAAUCUUCAUCCUCUAUCUCUGGGUGGUCAAUGUGGUGCUGUCGUGUGUGGGGUACUCGACCGAGCUGGGCCUCUGGUACGAUACUGUCAAGGCCAUGGUUACGAGAAACGUGGCCAACCGCCUGGGCGUCUUGUGUUAUGCGAACGUGCCUUUGGUCAUUCUGUACGCUGGCCGCAACAAUUUCCUGCUCUGGCUGACAAAUUGGUCGCAUUCAACGUUUUUGCUCCUGCAUCGGUGGAUAGCUUUUAUCUGCAUGAUGCAUGCAGUCCUGCACAGCUUGGUGUACCUCCAGAUUGCCCUGCACACGGAAGGCUGGGCGGAAGAGUUCACCGAGCCGUACUGGUACUGGGGAAGCGCGGGUACCAUUGGGUUUGUGAUUCUCUGCGUCAAGUCGAUCCAGCCGAUUCGCCAGCGGAUCUACGAGAUUUUCCUUGCCGCACACAUUGUCAUUACGGUUUUGGUCAUUGUCUGUUCGUACAAGCAUGUCAACGUCAAGUACACGGAUGCAUGGGGAUACCAGAAUUGGCUCUGGAUGGCCUGUGCCGUAUGGGGAUUUGACCGUCUGGUGCGCCUUGGACGCCAAGUGCGUGCUGGGUUCAAGAGAGCCUACUUUACGCCGAUUGAUGAAGACUACUACCGUCUGGACAUUCCCGGCAUCUCUGCCGAUGGUCAUGUAUACCUUCACUUUCCCACCAUCAGCACUUGGCGCUUCUGGGAGAACCAUCCCUUCUCUGUUGCUGGCGUGACCUAUCAAGAAGAGACGUCGACAAUCGAUAGCUCUGAGAUGAGCAACGAAAAAGAAAAGGGAAUUGCAUCAAAUACGGUUGCGGUCGGAAGCUCUUCGGGAAGCGGCUCGGACAAUGAGUCGCUCACCAUACGCAAGGAGUCUGGCAUCGCCGUCUACAUCAGACGACAAAGCGGGCUGACAGCUAUCCUCGCAAAAAAGGGUCCCUGUCCUCGCGGUAUUCCUGUCUUUGUGGAGGGUUCGUAUAACCACAGAAUGACGUUCCUGCAAGAAGACCACCCGGAGCCCACCCACGACUUUCCCAACCUGCUGUGUAUUGCCGGAGGCGUUGGCAUAACCGGUGUCCUCCCGGCUCUUGAUAGAUUCAACACGGCAGGAAAGCCGCUGGGUACCAGAAAGCUGUUUUGGGGCGCGCGAACCUGGCCAUUGGUCCGGGAUGUAGAGGGGAUGCAGCUCAGCGGCCCGGUUAGCUCGAGCACGGCGACGGAGAGACGCUGGGGCGAGGUGGACGUGACCUUGGCAGUGGGCGAGCGCCUGGAUGUGCGGAGGAUCUUGACCGAAGAGCUCCGUCAUCAAAAGGGCGGCACGGUGAUUGUGGUCUGCGGCCCAUCCGGCAUGGUGGACGACGUUCGUUGCAUCGCGUCGGCACUGGGCAGACACGACGAAAAUGGGAAGCCGGUGCUGAUGAGGCUGAUGAUCGAGAGCUUCACCUGGUAG